CGAGCUCCUUUCCAGUCGCGCCGAGGGGGCAGGCUCAGUCUUUCGUCUCAGUCUCGGCUAGCAAAGAGCUGCUCGCGGACGGACUCUUCCCCGCUCUAUCCGCCGCCACCGACACUGUCUGGGCCUCGGUCGACGGAUCUGCAUCCCCCGCGCCCUAGUCUCGCACCGCCACCAUGGUGAAGCUAGGGAAGGCUGCUAAAAAUCAAGGGGAGCCCAAGAAGAUGGCUCCUCCCCCAAAAGAAGUAGAAGAUAGUGAAGAUGAGGAGAUGUCUGAAGAUGAAGAGGAGAGCAGCGGAGAAGAGGUUGUGGUUCCUCAGAAGAAGGGCAAGAAGGCUGUGGCUACGCCAGCCAAGAAAGUUGCACCGACCAAAAAAGCUGUCGUUGCCACCACACCCGCUAAGAAAGCAGCCGUGACUCCUGGUAAGAAGGCGGCUGUCAUGGCCUCCGCCAAGAAGGCAGCCACCCCGGCCAAAGCUGUCGCCACCCCGGGAAAGAAGGCGGCCACCCCGGCCAAAGCAGUGGUGACCCCGGCCAAAGGGGCUAAAAAUGGGAAGAAUGCCAAGAAGGAGGACAGUGAGUCCGAGGAGGAGGAAGACAGCGAAGAGGAAGAUGAAGAAUUUGAGCCUCCCAAAGCCACAAAGAAGAAAGCAGCUGCUGCCGCCAAACAAGAGUCUGAGGAGGAGGAGGAGGAGGAUGACGAGGAGGAGGACAGUGAUGAGGAUGAAGAUGACGAGGAUGACUCUGAGGAAGAAGCUAUGGACACCACACCGGCCAAAGGAAAGGCUGCUGCUGUGAAGGCUGCUGUGGGGAAAGCCGGGAAGGCUGUGAAGGCCAAGGAGGAAGAAGAGGAGGAGGAGGAGGAUGACGAUGAGGAAGAUGAUGAGGAUGAUGACGAUGAUGAGGAUGAUGAUGAAGAAGAGGAGGAGGAGGAGGAAGAAGAGGAAGAGGAGGAGGAGGAAGUGCCUGUGAAAGAAGCUCCAGGAAAGAGGAAAAAGGAAAUGACCAAACAGAAGGCUCCUGAAGCCAAGAAGCAGAAACUGGAUGCUGAAGCCUCUACAAAUUUCAAUCUCUUUGCUGGUAACCUGAACUUCAACAAAAGCGCUACUGAGCUAAAAACUGGGAUCACCGACUUCUUUGCCAAAAAGGACCUGACCGUUGUGGACGUCCGCAUCGGUGCCACCAGGAAGUUUGGCUAUGUGGAAUUUGAAUCUGCUGAAGAUAUGGAAAAGGCCAUGGAACUCAGUGGCUCCAAAGUGCUUGGCUCUGAAAUUAAGCUGGAAAAGGCAAAGGAGAACAAGAAAGGUGUGUGGAAGGACCGAGAUGCAAGGACGCUCUUUGUGAAGAAUCUGCCAUAUAAAGUGACUCAAGAGGAGCUCAAGGAAGUGUUUGAAGAUGCUAUUGAAAUCAGACUGGUCUGCACCAAGGAUGGGACCCCUAAGGGAAUCGCCUACGUGGAAUUUAAGACGGAAGCAGACGUGGACAAGGCCUUGGAGGAGAAACAGGGCACGGAGAUCGAUGGCCGGGCGCUCAUCCUGGACUACACUGGGGAGAAGAGCCAGGGCCAGGAGAACUCGAGGGGCGGCAAGAACAAUGCCUGGGGCGGCAGCAACAGCAAGCCGGCCGACUCCAAGACCCUGGUGCUGAACAACCUGGCCUACAGCGCCACGGAGGAGAGUCUGCAGGAGGUGUUCGAGAAGGCCACCUCCAUCAGCCUGCCCCAGAACAACCAGGGCCGGCCCAAGGGGUACGCCUUCAUCGAGUUCGCCUCGGUGGAAGACGCCAAAGAAGCUUUGAAUACUUGCAAUAACAUCGAGAUCGAGGGCAGAGCCAUCCGGUUGGAGCUGAAGGGACAGAAGUCCUCCAACGCAGCCCCAAGGAACCAGUCCUACAAGACCUUGUUCGUCAAAGGCCUCUCAGAAGACACAACGGAAGAGACACUGAAAGAUUCAUUUCAGGGCUCUGUCGGUGCCAGGAUAGUCACAGACAGGGAGACGGGGUCCUCUAAAGGGUUCGGUUUUGUGGACUUCAACUCGGAGGAAGAAGCGAAAGCCGCAAAAGAGGCCAUGGAGGAUGGGGAGAUCGACGGAAACAAAGUGACCCUGGACUGGGCGAAGCCUAGUGGCUUUGGGGGACGAGGUGGCGGCCGUGGAGGAGGCGGCGGAGGCCGUGGAGGCUUUGGGGGCCGAGGAGGCGGCAGAGGGGGCCGAGGAGGUUUUGGAGGCCGAGGCCGAGGGAACUUUGGAGGCCGCGGCGGUUUCCGAGGAGGCCGAGGUGACAACAAGCCACAAGGAAAGAAGACGAAGUUUGAGUAGCUUCCCCCUUCUUCCCCUGCCACGUGAACGGACUCUGUGGGUCACAUCAGAGCCUUGUGAGGUCAUUCCAAGACAGACGGGCCGGGGGCGCCCGUGGCCAUCUUGGAAGAGCCUGGAUGACAUUUCAAGGGAGAGCACGGCAGUUCUAACGGGACGGAUGUUCCAUAUAAACUUUUUGCAGAGACGGGUGAUAGCUGUGGGAGUUCACCUCUUGUCUUGAGUUGUCUUGAGUUUAUAAUGUUUUACCCCAUGUACAAAACCAUUUUUUUCCUACAAAUACCUGUAGUGGUUUUUUGUUUCCUUUUUAUCCCUUUUUGGCUGUAAAGAAAAAAGGCAAAUGUUUGCUUAUGGUUCCUGCUUUCGCAGCCUGUCUUAGGACUCAUUAAAGGGGCCUAACCUGG